AUAGACAGACAACUGACGGUCAUCUGCCAAUCUGGUUUGCUCUGUCCUCGGUAGCCAUGAACACACCGUCUCUGAGCCAGAAAAUUCCUGAAGAUUAAUUGGAAGAGCUGGUUUGCAGUUGAUGCCAAAACCUUGUGAUGUCCUGUGGAUUAAGCUGUCAGUGACUUGGCCACCUAUUUGACAGAUAUCAAUACAGACAGUAUCAUAUUGUCAUUCCACAUUCAUCCGCCCAUCAAUAAAUGGAUUUUGUUCUGUGAUUUCUACACCAAUUUUUUCCAGUCAAAUAAUUUUUAUUCAAAUGUCAACACACCUGAUCGGGGACAGUCAAAGGCUAACACUUGAAAGUGUUACUUUUCACCUCGACUGUUGAUACGUAAAGGGUUUAUAUCUACAGAAAAUCCAUGCUUCUUUAAUAAGUGAUCAGUCCUUGUCUGGACUCAUUGGUGAAGACAAUUCCAUGGAUGUUCCUAUAUUAUACAACUUCACAAAAACCACAAUGAACAACCUUGCAGAUACCAAUACAACUAAUCUGACAGAUGUUGGGCCUGUUGGUCCCUCCCAGACAGCUCUUCACAUUGGAGGUAUAAUAAUGCUCCUAGCUCUUCUCUCAGGACUGUUUGGGAACUUUUUAGUCAUGAUCAUAAUAUUCACCAAGCGAGAUCUUAGCAACAUAAUCAACAUUUUCAUCAUCAGUCUUUGCAUCAAUGACAUCAUCAACCUCGGGUUAAACAACAACAUGGUUCUCCUUUCCUACUUCUUAGGAAAGUUUCCUACAGGAAUGCUGGGUUGUGAACUAGCCACCCAUUUCAGUGUGUUACUAAUGGGAUCAUCUCUUUGGCAUACUGGACUCAUUGCCAUUCAUCGUCUCAUUGUAGUGGUGUUCAACAAUUUUUACAAAAUCAUUUCCAAAAAAGCCUAUACGAUAUUUGUGCUGGUGUUUGCUCGUGUUGUACCGCUACUGUUUCUCUGUCAACCAUCACUAGGCAACAUGGCCUAUUAUGAGCCGAAACUUCUCCGAUGCAUCGUCAAGAAAAAUUAUGGACCAUUCACACUGCUGGUUAGUGUGUUUCUGAUGAUGCUCCCAUCUGUCAUUCUUAUCGUUUGUUAUAUUGCUAUUUUCAUCAAAGUUCAUCAGUCUUCAAGAGCAUCAAGAGUGUCACGGCAACGUGAAUGGCUCAAACGGGAAAUCAAAAUCACCAAAAUGUUUGGAAUGGUGUUCCUACUUAUCCUGAUUGGUUAUCUCCCUUAUGGUAUCGUGAGAGCUAUGGAUAAGCGUUUAGAAUGGCAUGCAGACUUUUAUGUGGCAAUUACAGUGUUCUUUGCCAUUGCAAACAGCAGUAAUCCCAUAGUGUAUGGAAUAAUGGAUAAACAAAUACGACAACAAUGUCUUCAGGCAUUGCACAUCAAAACGUCAAAGGAGGAUUCUAAAAAUGGUAACAUCACAUCAAGUUCACGGAUGUCCCAUAAUGGUUACAAGGAUAAAGAGGAGGUAAAUGAGGUUGUCCCCCUCAACAACUCAAAGACAGAUGUUGUCCCACUCAACAACUCAAAGCCAGAGGUUAUCCCCCUCAACAACACAAAGACAGAUUCAGAAAAGGAGGUGAAGUCCUAGACAACACUUUUGGAAUUAUUUCUCUCUAUAUAUACAAAAGAAAAUUAAUUUCCUGAUAAUUUCCUUAUCCAAAUCAAGUUCAUAUGUCCAAUAUGAUUGUUGCCAUUUAUCAUAGCACUGCCUUGGUACAUUUGUUUUUAUGGUUACCUUGUUCCUACAAGAACUUCAUGCCUCAGUGAUUCCCAGGUCAUCAUGUUUUGUUAUCCUCAGUAUUUCAAUGUCCAUGGUAACAAAUUUUAUCAUUAUGCCUUCGUGACAUGUGUUCCUAUAGUAAAAAUACAUUGAUGACAUUUUAAAGAAUGUUGCCUCGGUAAGACUUGUUUCCAUGGUUACUAUGUUUUGAAAUGUUGCCAUGCACAUGUAUAAUCAAAUUUAAGAACACCCAAAUAACUCUGCUUUAUUAAAGUCAGUUUCCAUGGUAAUCAUAUUCAUCCAAUGACUACUAGUGUUUCUAAAGUAACCAAACUUACUGACACCUAAAAAUAGCAUUUCUUUUGUAAAGUGUGCUUAUGUACUCUGACCAAACUUUUUAUUUACUUAUUAAUAAAUGAACUAAUUAAUGCAUUUUACUCAGUAAAAUGCAGUUCUUUGUUUGGGAA